AUUUUUCUCUUUUUCUUUUUUUUUUUCAACUACGAAUAUAAUAUGUCUUCAGCUGUUGUUAUGGGGUUUGUCAUUGCCGGUGCUGCUACCGCAGGCCGUCUUGGCAUCAAGGCUUUCCAAGAAUACCAAAAAUUACCAAAGACACCCAGAAUGUCAAAGUUUUACAAGGGAGGAUUUGAUGCAAAGAUGAAUAAGCGAGAGGCUGCAUUAAUUUUGGGCGUUAGAGAGUCACAGGCAACAAAACAAAAGAUCAAGGAAGCACAUAGACGUAUCAUGUUACUUAACCAUCCUGAUCGUGGAGGAUCUCCCUUCUUGGCUUUAAAGAUUAACGAGGCCAAAGAAUUCUUGGAUACAAAAGUGAAAAAGUAAUUCUAAUUACGACACAUUUUAUAGACGACAACGACGUACCAUACAUCCACCUACACCUACACCCACCCUCUUAUACAUAUACAACUGGACUUCCUCUCUCUUUCUCUUUUCCCCUUUUCCACCCACUGUUUAAUAAUAAAACACACCCGCUUUUUUUUUAUUAUUGAUACGAUACAUGAAAU